UGCUGGGCAAUUGGACCCGCUCAUCAGCGCUGCCUCACGUCGCCGUGUAGCGGAUCAAUCGAGGAUCAAUCCAGGAUCAAUCAGAGGAGAAAUGGCAGCAGCUCUAUCCCGUGCCCUCAAACUGCCCGGGAAGAAGGGCUCGGAGCUCGGGGAGUACGACCCUCUCACCCAAGCAGACAGCGAGGAUGAGAGCGAAGAGGACGACCUCGUGCUCAACUACCCCCGCAAUGGCCUCGGCAGGGACGGUUGCCUCGGCACCGGCUCCUCGAAGCUGCGGGGCGGCAGAUCUGGAAGGCUAGUCGGGGCCGAAGACGAAGCUCAGGAGGACGAAGAUGAAGAGGAGGACGAAUGGAGAGAGCGACUCCCCAGCAAAUCCAGACAGGGCAGAGAUGAAAUGAAAGGCGUGCAGUACUGGAACCACAGGGACUCAGGGAGGGACACGAUGGGGGAUGACAGAGGGGGGCCUGGGUCAUUGGGAAGCGCUGGACUGGGGGUUUGUAGUAGUGACGUGGAAGAGAAGAGAAUGAGGAUGAAGAACAUCAUCCGAACUGCUUUUUUUCUGGUGCCUGUGGUCUGUGCCACAUUGCUCGUGCUGCUUUGUGCUUUCCUGAUUCCUUGCCAGAAGGGAGGACUGGGAAACAGGCCGCAGUGGGAGAGAGAACUGGGAGAUGAAGGAGGUGUCACUCCGCCUGCGCUGGCGUUAUGGGAUGUCGACGGUGAUUCAUUGGAGGAUGUCUUACUGGGUGUCACUGAAUGCGCCAAUGACACCCAUUGCACACAAGGGAACAAAAUUUACAGUGCGGUGGCCUUGUCCGCAGUCAGUGGACAGGUGCUGUGGAAGAAAGUCAUGCGGGAGUCUGUGAUGUCCAUCCAAUGUGGUCUCCAGCACAGCUCCCAGCCCUCCACCGUGUGUCUCCUCAUCUGUAAAUCUGUCCUCAUGGCCGUCGACGGUACAACAGGGAAGGACUUGUGGAUGGUCCUGCUUAAGAACAUAGAAUCCCAGGCGGUGUUACUUCCAGACCUCCAAGGCGACUCAGUCCCAGAUCUGCUGGUAGCCACCCUACCUGCAGAUAAGGCUCUGACUCUCUCCCUGACCCUGAUCUCUGGGGAAACCGGGGCCAGGCUCGGCCAUCCCGUGCCCUUCAACCUCACCGGACAGGGAACGCUCAUUGGUCCUUUGCUGCAUGAGACGCAACAAGGGGCUUACUACAUCCUGUUUGGAAUAGGUAACGUUAAGGCCAUCUCUCUACGUGAUAUCUAUGUUCGUGCUACUGGAGAAUUGCCCAUAACUCAGCCGCUUAGAAAGAGUGAUUCAACUUGGGAGGCACUCAAGAAAACCAAUACUUCCUCCUUCAUACACAUUUACAGGGGAUCUGAGCGUGUGGAGUUCUUGCUCCCUCUUGUGGCUGGUUUUGGCAACAACCACAACAGCUUGGACACGGCUUCUAAUCUCAACAACACCAAAUGUGAGUGGGUGUUGGUGUACGGCUCCAGCAAGCUCUCUGUGCUCAGACAGUCAGACAUGCACAAAAAAUGGACUUCUAAGUCACCUCCCAUUUACAGACAACCAACCCUUGGACACUUCAAUGAUGAUGGAGUGCUUGAUCUCUUCUUUCAGCACUCAGCAAAUGGCACCAUGAAGGUGCAGGUCAUCGACGGAGCAGACAGUCACCUCCUCUGGAGCGCAGAGUUCGUGUGCCCUCGUCUUCAUUUGGAAGCUUUGUCGAUCUCCACCUCCAACGGCCUAUCUGCGUUCCUCUUCUGGGCCAGCGAACCAAUCAAAGCACAGAAAAACGUCACCAAGGCAACCGUGGCACCAGUAGCUGCUGCAGCCGAGCCGGUCAUCAGAAAGCUUUUCCUGCUGCACCCUGUGUAUCCCACAAUCCUGCUGGAGCUCACCAGCACCACACACACAACAGUCACUUCUUCAGUGAGUUACCAGGAGAAUCAGAAAGACGCCUCCUACAUCAGCGUAUCCUCCCGGCCCACACCGAUAUCUGAGCCCCGCGCUCAGAUAGUUAAGAGCAUGAGCCUCAGAGCUGCUAUCUCCAAAAGCCAGAUCAUCAGACUAGGGGAGAGCAGCAAGACCUUGGACCCCGUUAAACCAAGUGUAUUUGAACUCAACAGAUUCUUCAGGCAUCUGUCCUUCAAAAAUCAGUGAUGGGCCACCACUGCUACCAUACCCUGUGUCACAAGAAGAGGUAUGAUGAAGACUCACGCGAGGCUGAAUGGGACAAAAGCUGUGAAUAGCUCUGCACCGAGGACACGCUAAGAAUUCAUUUGAAGCCGUUUACCUCUCGUUAGGUUCACUACGUAUGAAUUUAAACUUCUGUUACUUGAGAUUUUUUCUUCUUUUUAUUUUAAUGUAAAAAAUGCUCAUUUGCUGGUAGUAGGAGAUUUUUGCUUGUGUUUAGUUCCUCCUGUUGUUUUAUAUCACAUCCAUACAAUGAAAAUACGCUUAUUUAAAUGAUUUAACUUGCAUUUAGGGAUGUCUUUUCAAUUGAAUUGAAUGUUUUCUGAUUGUUUGGACUUGAUGGCAUCGGGGUAACUUUAUACUGUCGUUGAUAAGUGACAGUGAACCACAAUAAUAAUGCUGAUAAAAGAACAUUUACAUGUGUUUACAGUAUGCAUCACUCAUACAAACCUUCCAUUGCCAGUAUACUCACGUGGUGUCAUCCUCAUCCUCAUGUCGCAAUCUAUCAUGAAGCCACUUAUAUUAUUAUCAUCUCUGCUCAUCAAUAAGUUAAAUAGCAUCGGGAGUGUGUAAAUAUUGAAUGCUGUACAGUAUUUAUUGAUUUUGUUUUAUCGUUUGGAUUGUUUUUAUUGUUACAUAACCAACCACUUGUUUGAUCUCUCAGAAUAUGUGGCUGCUAAAUGGUUAUGGCAUUUAAAUGUAAGCUGCAACAUCACACAUUGCAAGAGAAAAAUGUGAAA